AAUUUGAAAGGAGAGGUGCAAACUCUUCAAAAAUCUUUAGAUAUCCUAACUAAGGCAUCUGCUGAAAGUAUCCUUCAUUGUCUCCUCAAUUUUAUGGCCUCCCCAUUCACUGAGUUGAAAAAAAUAUGAAGCCUUAGAGAUGACUGAGGAGUUACAGAAUACAGCCCACGACCGUAACCACCCUAAGGAGCGUUAUUACAGAGUUGAUUACCAGACUCUAAGAGAGAAAAUAGAGGUCCCAUCUGUUCAAUUUCAUGCCCUUUUACUGCGUUUAUUGGGAGAUAAAGAUCAAGAACAGGUCUUGGAGAUUGUUUAAUAAUAAUUUAAUAAUUUAAUUUAUUUAAAAACUGAUUUUGUAACCAAUAGGUUAAAUUACAUCAGAAAUGUACAAAAUUUGUAUCUACUGUUAAAAAAAAGUAUCAAGUUAUCGUUAUAUUACAUUAUUAAGAAUAUUAAGAGUUCAAAAGUAGCAAAAUCAACAGGCCUAUACUUCUACUCGGUUAUUUACUGUUUUCUUUGGAAAAAAAAUUGAGGAAAAUACUUGCAUCUUGGUCGCAUAUCGUAGGCUGUUGUUGCUUUAUGCUGCAAGAGUUCGCUUAGUUUAUCGUUAUUCUCAUUCUUUUUAAAAAACUGUUCAUAUAAUGUUUCUCUCCUUGCUUUUAGUAAAGGGAUACCAGUAAAAUUCCGGACUUCUCUGUAACUCAUUAAUGGCGACGAGAUUCGCAAAGCACACCGCUGAAUCUUUUCAAUGUCUUCGCUCAAAUACUCUUGGAUGUUAUAAUGCCAGACUUGGCAGGUAUGGCAUCAUAUCACCGCCAAUAUUCAUGUAUAUCAUGCUUUCGACAUUGAAGUAAAAUAGGACAUUCAGCACCUACGUGCUUUCGACAUUGAAGAUAAAUCUGACAUUGAACAUGCAGAACAUUCAACAUAUUUUCGACAUUGAUGUUAAAUAAGACAUUCAGCACCUACGUGCUUUCGACAUUGAAGUUAAAUAGGACAUUGAACAUGCAGAACAUUCAACAUAUUUUCGACAUUGAAGUUAAAUAAGACAUUCAGCACCUACGUGCUUUCGACAUUGAAGUUAAAUAAGACAUUGAACACCCAUGUGGUUUUGACAUUGAAGUUAAACCGGACAUUGAACAUGCCGCGAAUUUAGCACCCAUCGCAACUUCAACGUUCAAAAUAUGUUGAAAAAAAAUCAUCACAUGUUGAAUAUUGGCGGAGUUAAACGAUAGCGUCAAAUCUCCGCCAAUAUUAAUUAAGCUAACACAAGACAACCCCCCUGCCAAAUUCAUUCGUGUCCAGACCUCCAAUGCCGUCUCCUCAGUGAAAGACAAAUAUGGCGUCAUGGCUGGAUCAUCGGAAGGGAAUACAGUAGGACCGAUCGAAACUGCUGAUCUAGUUACUGCCUUAAACACUGUUGAAGACCUAAUAUACAGGUUAGAUUCUUUAAAUGACCCGGAUUGUUUUGAGGGCAUAACUUUAAGGCUUGACGUACUUAAGAGAUAUUUUGUCAAUGUUGGUAUUGAUGACAGGACAUUUGAGUUGGUUGACACGGCCUACCAGGCAUUACAUCAAUGCGAGCAACGUUUUAAUGCCUCCAGGAAUAGCACGGGUCCGAGAAAAAUAUAUACUGGCAGGCGUGGAAAACCUUCGUUUGAUAUAAACGAAGAGCAAGUAAACUUUUUGUUGGAGCAGGGUUUUAAUGUGAAUGAAAUGAGCAACAUGUUGGGGGUUGGCAAAAGAACAUUGGAACGUAGGAUGCAAUCAUUUGGCUUAAGUGUUACUGGUAAGUUAUGUAUAUUUUAUGGAUAGAAACCAUUUUCCACAAAAUAUUGUCUAUUCGUCCAGUUCUGUAGAUUAAUAAAUAAAAUAAUAAAAUUGGAUCUACCUGUAUAUUAUUGAAAAUUCUCCACUCUGAUUGGUUUCGCUUUAGCCUUGGGUGAUUGUAACAUGAUAAUCGAUAUUUCCCAAGGGGGGAGGGGGUUGUUGGGAUUUUGAAUGCUGUACAGUGACAUAGGCAGUUUUUCAUUGAAAAGAUGGAUGACGUGUAGCCAGGAUUAAACACACUGUAUUCAAAAGGAAGAACCCUCUCUGACUAAAAUGUUAUUUCUUACAAGCUUUAGGCUAUCAACAGGUACGUUGAUAGCGGAUGGCUUGUAAGAAAUAACAUUUUAGUCAGAGACAAAGAGCCUUUUUCCUUUUGAAGUUUUUCAUUGGUUUUUCAUUGUUUCAAAGUUAUGCUGUACUUGUAGAAAUUUGCUCGGCUAACUUCAAGACGUUACUCAUUCACACAUUAUAUUACUGAUUAUGCUAGAAAUAGUUUCCACUAAAACUGCGCCCAUGAUUAUGGUGUACUGCAACCUCAUUCCCAGGGGUUUGUUGGGUGUACUGUUAUUAUAAAUGAUGUUAUGAUUUUCACUGUUAGUAUUACUGUCGAAGCAAUGGAAGUGUUGAUAAAAUAUUGCACCAAUUCCUUUCCUUAAGUUGAUCAAUUCAUUUGAUAGAAAAUUGAUCAACUUCCUGUUACGUUUGGAUGAGCCAAUUAGAUUUCGUUUCAGAGCCGAUUGACCAAUAGGAAACGCACAGGAAGUAAAAAGGAAUUUGAAUUCCUAUGAAUUGAUCAACUCGAGGAAAUGAAUUCAUGCAAUAUUUUAUCAACACUUCCAUUGCAUCGACUGUAAAUAUAUUAAUUUGCUUGACCUUUUCUAAUCACCUUGUUGACAUAGAAGUGUCAAUUUAAAGGAAUACACUUGCUUAGAUGCUAAAGCCACCAAUGUGCUAAAUUAAGUACCGGUACAUAAUAUUAUAUCACAAUUAUAUGUGGAAAAUGGCACACAACACAACUAUGUCACUGUACAUCACUGAUCAGUGAUGAUGUACACAGACUAUCCAUUUUAAUAUUUUGUUAUAAUUUAAUGCAUUGUUUCCCUAGUUUUUAAAAUAUUUUACACACAAAUUAUUGUUAUAAUUUUCACUAAUUAAUUUAUGUUUUUUCCAUAAUUUAUAUAUUUUUUCCCAUUGAAUUUUACAGCUACUUAUAGCAUCAUUAGUAAUGAGCAGCUUGAUUUACUUGUAAGGGAAGCACAGAAUAGGAAUCCUAACAUUGGCAUUCGCUUGACAAAGGGCUUUCUUAUGGGCAAAGGACAUCGGGUGCAACAUUACAGGAUAAGGGAUUCAUUAAUAAGGACUGAUCCCGUUGGUAUGAUGGACCGUUGGGCCAAAGCUGUGAGGAGGAGAAAAUAUAAAGUUCACAGCCCCCUAAGUUUGUGGCAUAUUGAUGGGAACCAUAAACUGAUAAGGUAUUUUUGCAUAUGAAAAUUAAUUACAUCCAAAUACAAUUGAUACAGAACAAAAAUAAUUUGGGAAAAUAAUUCAAAUUAUGUCAACAGACUUUGGCUACAGUAGAUAUUUAAAUUAUCAGUGUAUUUAGCACUAAAAUUCUUGUACUAUAGGGUUAAUUGUUAUCAGGUGUAACCAAAGUCAGAUUAUACACAUGGCAGCAAUAUAGGUCUAUAGUUAUGCAGUCAGCAAAAUUUAUAAUAUUAUUGAUUUUGGUUUUAUUAUCAUACUGUAUAUGAUUGUAAGAUACAGUAAUUCCUUUGUUGAAGGAUUACUAACUUCAGUGUUGUUUAGGUGGAGGAUUGUUAUUCAUGGGGGAAUUGACGGUUUCUCGCGGAUACCAGUGUACGUCCUUGCAUCAAACAACAACAAGGCUGAGACUGUGGCAAAUGCAUUCACAAAUGCUGUAGAUACAUAUGGCCUGCCAUCACGUGUUAGAUCUGACAAGGGUGGUGAGAACGUCCAGGUUGCUUGGUUCAUGUUGAAUCACCCACAACGUGGGCCUGGAAGAGGAAGUAUGAUAACAGGUUUGUGGCAGGUAAAUAUAUACUGUAUUUACACAGACUUAUCCUUUUUGUCAAUAGUUUGUGUGAUAGUAAAUCUGUGACUGGUUUGAAUUAACUAAUACUGUCAUUGGUUGAUGAUAGUGCAGUAUAAGACAAUUUUAAUCUGUGCUUUUGUUGCUAUGAUAUAUUUAGGAAGACAAUGUUAAUGAAUUCAUAGAUUCUGUUGCCGGGCAAGCUGAAAAGAGCUUGUCCGUUGCUCAGUUGGUGGAGCCUUGGACUAGCAUACCAAAGGUCGCAGGUUCGAAUCCCACCGUGGUCAAGUUGUUUUUCAGCUUGCCUGGUGUGGAAUCUACACUCAGAGUAGCAGAAAAGAAAUUAAAGCAGAUUAAAGCAACACAGAUACAUUGGGAAAAAAAUAAUUUGAAAAUUUUUAAGUAUUUCAAAAACCUUUCCUGUAUACUAGGUAAAAGUAUUCAUAACCAAAGAAUUGAGAGGCUUUGGCGUGAUAUAUUCCAAGGAUGCACUGGUGUCUUCUAUGAUCUAUUCUGCGAGAUGGAGGGGCUUGGUUUGCUGGAUCCGAACAACGACACACACUUGUGGUGCCUUCAUUCAAUCUUUCUCCCAUUGAUUAACAACCAUUUGACAUCCUGGAAAGAUGCCUGGAUUCGGCACCCACUUAGUUCGGAGAAGAAUAAGACCCCUUUGCAACUAUGGAUACAAGGCCUGAAUGCCAUAUCAAUGACAAAUUCCACAGUGGCACGCGAAGUCUUUCAGGUUGGGGUCAACAACCUUUUAUGUUUCCCAACCAUGCAUGUCAAUUAUGUAUUAAUGAUUUCUUCAUUACUCCAUUAGGAAGGUGAAGACUAUCAGAAUUAUGGAGUCGACUGGGAAGAAGCAGUUGGAGAAAUAGAACCCGAUAUGGUGGAAGUUCCCGAAACUAACUCUGGGUUGAAUGAAGAGCAAGCUGAUGAAAUUAGGAGCCAAAUCCCAGCCAACGUAACAAUUAAUAAUGCUUUUGAUGUUUAUUAUGAUAUUCUGAACAGAUCAUUAACAAUGCUAGGUUGGCGAAAUGGCUAUAUGGCAAAAAGUGUAAAUGAUACUUAA